CCGUAGGAAUACCCUUAGAGGCAUUACCGGAUCUGGUUAUAAAUCCCGAAACUUCCUUAAUCAAACGUGACUCAUUGCCCAGUGAUUGUAAUGUCACGCGGGUCUUCGCCAAGACAUCUAGAGAGUCUGUGACAGUUAAACAAAAAUGUAAUUCAGAUGAAGUUUGUAUUGAAUAUGCUGACGAACAAAAUAAAGUAUUUGCAGUGUGUACUAGUCGUGAUCACGCCAGACAAUGGUCUACUGAGAAUGAUAAUAUAUACUCAUCUUGUUCACAGAAUGAACCAUAUAAAACUGGUGGUGGAAAAAAUUUAACACUCGGUAUAACAACAUAUGCAAAAAAUAAUGUUACAAACCAGGAGGAGAAACACGCUGUGCAAACUAUAAACGCAUUUUUGAGUGAUAAAUAUUCACUUGGUUUAGAAAGUUAUCUGGACAGUUACUCUAAAAUAAUCAAAAAUUAUGAUGGCAAUACAUCAUUGCAAUACUGUUUUACGGCUUAUGAGCCAUACACUGAACAGGUAGUAAUAGCUUAUGCUGCUGUUUUAGUUGGCCUUCAGAGUUUAUAA